AUGACUAGUUUAAGUUCUUCGCAUGAUGAUUUUCAAUCAAUAACUAUUUCAGAAGAGUCCACUGUAAGUGAAGGUACACGUCGUUUACUUUCACCAUAUAAUCGUAAUCGAUUCGAUGCUCUCAAUCGUGAUAUACAAAAUGAAUUAAUUAAAGUUAAAGAUACAUUUCGUACGAUAACAAUUGAUCUUAAUGCAUUUCAAGGUGGACCAGAACAAUUAAAAGAAUUUAAAGAUAAAAUACGUCAUAUGAAUCGUAUAUUAUUAACUGUUAAACAACGUCAAGACAUAUUAGAUGAUCGAAAUGAACAAAUGCUACUCGAUUUACAAAAUCAUAUAUGGGAAAUAGCAAAAUAUUCUGUACGUAUUGAAAUAUAUUUAUGUGCUAUCGAACGAAUGAAAAAUACAGCUAAUGAAUUAUUACAAAUGGCUAAAAAAAUGUCACAUAAUUCGUCAAAUGAAUACAAUGAAUUAAUUGAAAUCGGUACUAAACUUAAACAUGAAAUAAAUCUAUUAGAAACACGUGCAAAAAUAGAUUGUCAUAAUAUUAAUAUACGUGAAAAUCUCGAUAAGUUACAACAACGUUGUCAAACUAUUUUAAAUACAAAUGAACGAACACAAUUAAAAACUUUGCGUAAUUUUCAAGUAAAAAAAUCUGUACUUAACCAUUGUCGAAAUCGACUCUUCGAUUAA